AGUGUCUACCGGUGUACCCGUGUGGCGUGUACCGCACAUGUGUGAUGUUUGUGGAGUACGUGGUUGUGUACAUGUGAAUGUUUUGAAAAUGGAAAUGUAGUUGUCAACUGUCUUAAAUCCCAAAGUCAGAACAUUUCAUUUGCGCGUCGUGUGAAUGUGUGACUUUAUUGGAUGUAAAUUGACAUUCAACGAUCUUUCUAUUAAGCAUAAUGAGUGACGAAACUCUGGUAAUUGUGCCUGAGACUAUAAUUUUCCUGCUGAAGAGGAAAUUGUCUUAGCAUUCUGGAAAGACAAAAAUGUUUUCAAGAAUUGUUUGAUACAGUCAAAGGGAAAGCCAAGGUUCUCAUUUUAUGAUGGACCACCAUUUGCCACAGGUCUUCCACACUAUGGUCACAUUCUAGCAGGGACAGUGAAAGAUAUAGUAACCCGUUUUAUGCACCAGUGUGGUUUUCAUGUUGAACGGAGGUUUGGCUGGGACUGCCAUGGCUUACCUGUAGAAUUUGAGAUUGAUAACAAGCUUGGAAUAAAAGGGCCAGAUGAUGUAGCGAAAUUGGGUAUUGCCAAUUACAAUGCAGAAUGUCGAACUAUAGUAAUGCGAUACGCUACUCAGUGGCAGGAGAUUGUAACUCGUAUGGGGAGAUGGAUAGAUUUUGAAAAUGAUUACAAAACUAUGUAUCCUGCUUAUAUGGAGUCUGUGUGGUGGGUGUUCACAGAAUUGUUUAACAAAGGUCUAGUGUACAAGGGAGUUAAAGUCAUGCCCUUCUCAACUGCAUGCAAUACUCCAUUGUCUAAUUUUGAAUCGGGCCAAAAUUACAAACAGGUGCAAGAUCCUGCAGUUAUUGUUAGUUUUCCAUUGGUUGAUGAACCUGAUGUUUCCUUGAUUGCUUGGACUACUACCCCAUGGACUCUCCCUAGCAAUAUGCUACUGUGUGUAAAUGCAAAAAAAGUUUAUGUGAAAGUGAAAGACAAGAAGAGAGAGUCUGUCUUUAUCCUCAUGAAAGCUAGACUUGAAUCUUUAUACAAGAAGAAAGAUCAGUAUACAAUAUUAGAAGAAUUUGAAGGAUGUGUUUUAAAGGGGAGACAAUACAAGCCACUUUUUAAGUACUUUCUUAAUUAUGAAUCGAGAGGAGCUUUCCGUGUCCAGACAGAUGACUAUGUGACAGAAGAAUCUGGUACAGGUGUUGUUCAUCAGGCUCCAUUUUUCGGGGAAGAUGAUUACCGUAUUAGUUUAGCCGCUGGUGUUCUCACCCGUGAUGAAAAUUUAAUGUGCCCAGUUGAUGAAAGUGGCUGCUUUGUUGAUCCUGUUGUAGAUUUUAAAGGCCAGUAUGUGAAGGAUGCAGAUAAAAAUAUUAUAAAAUGGGUGAAAGAGGCUGGCCGUCUCGUUGACAACUCAACAACUGUGCAUCAGUACCCAUUCUGUUGGCGCUCAGAUACACCUCUUAUCUACAAGUGUGUGCCAUCUUGGUUUAUCCGUGUGCAGGAAAUGACUGAAAACCUCUUGAAAUGUGUGCGAGAUACCUACUGGGUUCCAGACUUUGUUAAAGAAAAAAGAUUUGGUAACUGGUUGAAAGAUGCUAGAGACUGGGCUAUAAGCAGAAAUCGUUAUUGGGGGACUCCUAUACCUCUUUGGGUUUCUGAGGAUGGUGUUGAGGUUGUGUCCAUAGGAAGCAUUGCAGAACUGCAACAGAAGAGUGGCCAGAAAAUUUCAGAUAUACACCGUGAAAGCAUUGAUCAUAUAACAAUACCAUCAAAGCGGCCAGGCUGCCCUCCUCUGAAGAGAGUCCCAGAAGUAUUUGACUGCUGGUUUGAAUCUGGAUCAAUGCCAUAUGCUCAGUUACAUUAUCCAUUUGAAAACAAACAAAAGUUUAAGGAUAGUUUCCCAGCUGAUUUUAUUGCUGAAGGCAUAGACCAAACGAGAGGCUGGUUUUAUACUCUCUUGGUGAUUUCAACAUUAUUAUUUAAUAAACCAGCUUACAAGAAUUUAAUUGCAAAUGGCCUUGUAUUGGCAGAAGAUGGCCAGAAGAUGUCAAAAAGGAAAAAGAAUUACCCAGACCCUAUGAAGAUUGCCAACGCCUUAGGAGCUGAUGCACUAAGAUUGUAUCUGAUCAAUUCCCCUGUGGUCAGAGCUGAAAAUCUCAGAUUCAAAGAACAGGGUGUCAGAGAUCUGCACAAAGACGUUUUUCUUCCGUGGUACAAUGCAUACCGUUUCCUUAUCCAAAAUAUUGUUAAGCUCAAAGGUGAAGGUGUGGACUUAAAAUUUGAUCCAGAUGAGAGAGUGGAAGAGUCUUCAACAAAUAUAAUGGAUAGAUGGAUUCUAUCUUUCACAUAUUCAUUAAUCAAGUUUGUGAAAAACGAAAUGGAGCACUAUAGGCUUUAUACAGUUGUUCCUCGCCUCAUCAAGUUCAUUGAUAAUUUGACCAACUGGUAUGUGCGUAUGAACAGGAAACGACUAAAGGGAGCUUUUGGAGUAGACGACUGUACAGGUGCCUUGAAUGUGCUCUUCACUGUCCUUUUGCUGAUGGUUAGAGUAAUGGCACCAUUUACACCAUUCAUUACAGAAACAAUGUACCAAAAUUUAAGACGGGCACUAAAGAAACAGAACUUUGAAGGCUGUGAUAAUACAGAAAGUGUACAUUAUCUUCCUUUUCCCAAAGUGAGAGAAACCUGCAUUGAUAGUGAUGUAGAAAAAACUGUUGCAAGAAUGCAAACUGUAAUAGACUUGGGCCGUGUAAUACGUGAUAGGAAGACAGUUCCAGUGAAGUACCCACUGCCUAGCAUGAUAAUAAUACACCCAGAUGAAAAGUGCAUAACAGAUCUGAUGCGUCUGAGGAGGUACAUUGCUGAGGAGCUCAAUGUUCGCCACGUGACCUUGACAACUGAUAUGGCUGGCUAUGGAGUAGUGAGAAAGGCUGAGCCUAAUUACAAGGAACUGGGAGUCCGUUUCAAGAGUGAAUUGAAGACAAUCACAGAAGCAGUAAAGGACUUCUCAGAAGAUGACAUUCAAAAGUUCAUUGAAAAUGGCCAUGUCACUCUUUUCGGUCACAGACUGGAAUCAUCUGAUAUUGUUAUAAAACACCACUUUGAUGUAGUGAGAACAAAGACUGGAAAAGGAAAAUUUGAAGGAGACAGCCAAGACAAUAUUAUAGUCCUGUUGGAUAUGGAGGCAGGAAAGGAUCUCCAAGAAGAGGGACUGGCUCGUGAAAUAGUAAAUAGAGUUCAAAAAGUGCGUAAGAAUGCGGGGCUGUUGCCAAUGGAUGAAAUUGUUAUUUAUUAUGAUGUAAAGCCUCCUAAAAGUGAACUCAGUAGUGUUGCUGAGCACUACAGUGAAUAUAUAUAUGGCACUCUCAAAAUGCCGUUCAGGCACCUUAACAGUAUUCCAGCGGAUGCUGAUAUUAUAAAGGAACAAACUUUCCAGGUGAAAGAUGCCGAACUGCAAGUAGCUUUGGUAUCAUGCAACAGAAGGCCCAAACCUGAUAUUCAGAGGAAUGAGGAACCCUUCUGCAGGUAUACAAAUGUGAUUCUGAAUACAAAUGGACCGACGAAGUAUGGCACAGUGUUGCUUGAGAAUCCUGUUGGAAAAGUCAUCUCAUUUCAUGAAAUUGUUCAACAGGUAAAAGUACUGUUCUCUCUGGAUGAUGAAUUCAAGUUACAUUUGCCUGGUGUCGGUGAUCUGGACUGUGUGAAUGAUGUCACAGAAUUACAUACGAGGACACUGUUGAUUAAUCAACCAGGAGGAAAAGCCAAUACUGCUAAUUUUCUGAAAGAAGAUAUAUCUGUACGGUAUGCAAAUGUGGAAUACAUUUUGAAUGACAGAUGUGAAAGGGGAACUGUUCUUUUAGAAAAUCCUAACAAUUCUGUUCUGAAAUUAGAUGAAUUUGUUAAUGAGCUUACAGAGUUAUUUGACCUGUCUGGGUACUAUACAUUAUCAUCACCUGUCAAAAUUUCUCUGAAACAAGAAGAAAAUGCAGCAUUAUUCCACAAGAAGACACUAUUUUUGUACCCGAAUGGAAACUCCAAUAUCGCCAGAGUACAGUCUCCUGGUGAAAACAGAAGCUGAUACUAAAAUGCUACAUUAUCAUCAAGUUGAAGUAAAAAUGGGGCUCAGUUAAUGUGAAGUUUUGCACUACCAUCACUCGGAAGAUCAUUUACACUAGAAACCUCUUCCACCAUUAUCCAGGAUCACCACUCCCUACAAAAUUGUUUGUGCGUUUCGUAGCAUUAAAUGGUUUUCUUUAUAACAUUGAAGGACAUUUAAUAAAAUUUGACAGUAGCAUCAGACAAUUACAAAGUGAGAGAGAAAAUCAUUGCAAAGAACAGCACAUCUGUAAGCAGUUGAAAGUAAGCAUCAGCAGAGUUCUAUUGUAAUAAUGUGAAGUCUCAGCGUAGCUAAAGACUGUUAACAACUGCAAAAUUCCUGUCAUGUCACUACAAUUUAGCCAAAGUGCAUCCCAAUAAAAUAAAUAGUGUGAAAGUAUGUGAUAUUGCAUAGUAGCAAUUAUUAUAUGGGAUUAGGGUAAGAAACUAACUGAUCAGCCAUAUUACAUAUCUCAGUCUGUUUUAUAUGAGUGUGAUUAUUCCAGAUGGGUGAUUCAUACUCUGCAGUUUAGCAGCCCAGAUCAAGGGUGAGAAGCUGAGAACAUCCCAAGUACUACUAAUAAACUUACAGAUCACAUUCUGGUGACAGAUUAAGCUUUAUUCUGCAGUACCGAGAGUGCCAUUGUGAGAGACUAUCUCAUCACUCAAUGUUAUAUUCUCCUUGCUGUUGGUUUAUAUUCCAAAUUUGCCAAGUUUCAAAGUUUUCAAAUACUGUUGAUGCAAAAAUUUUAGCUUGCACAACAACACUUUAUCUGACCAGUUGGUUGUUUGUCACUGCCAAAUGAAAGAACAUUUUCCCUAGUUUCUGCACUGACUAAUUUUGUUCUUUAUGGUGACAUUUCUUUUGUUUGUGGUAGCAUAUAACUAUCUGCUCAAUUCAAUGGGUCUGAGAUGUGGACAACCUGAGCUUGAUUCGUUAUACUGAUUUUUCUCCUCUCCUCUCUCUCCCCUUAGUGGGAGGGCUACAACAGGGGUGCACUCAGCUUGGUGAGGGCAACUGAAGAUCUACAUCUGUGAGGUGGUGGCUCAAAGGUAUACAGUUUCCAAACAAAUUUUCUGUGAGUGACAAACUCAUAUGCAGCCAUGUCUAAUAUAACAAGCUCCAUUCCAGACCUUGAAAACCAAAAUGUCAUCCUCUACCUUGCAGCAUCAUGGGGAUGUGGUAUUUAGUGACAUGUGAUCAGCACACCACUCUCCUGGUCAUUUUGCAGACUUUACAGACCGAGGUGCCGCUACUACUGAGUCAACUAGCUCCUGAGUUGGUGUCCUGAGGCAGAGUGAACCGCUUACCAGUCCUCUCACCAAGGAAAAAUCCUUGGCAGUACCAGGAAUCAAACCCAGAACUUCCACAUGGCAGCCAUCUACACUGAAAUGAAAUCUGACUGUCUAUGACAUGACCCAUCUCAAAUCUGUCAGGUCCGGUUAAAUAUCUGAUCAGAACACAACCUCUGUAGAUGGAAUGCACACAGUUCCUUUAUAAAUGUCUGGUCAGAAUGCAGACAUAUGGUUCUCUCUCUUAUGAAAUGAUAACAUUUUUGAAAACAAGUUUAUGAUACAUUAUUCAAUUUAUUCCACUGUUAAUUUUCCAAGUGGUUCCACAAUACAAUGGCAUGUAAAUAUAUUAAUUUUAAAAACACACGAUUAAUUGAUUUGUAAUCAUAUUAGACAAAUCAGAAGCACUUUAACACAUCUCCAUCUAACUCGGAACAAUGUGCCAGAUGUUUGACAGUAUGGUUGUAUGCAUUAACUAUAUAAAAAGGAAUGCAAAUGUUAGGGAAUAAGAACAACAUAACUUGUAUGUUACUAUGUAACACAUGUGAAUUCAAUGCUGAAACGACCCAUAAGUGACUUUAUAAGGUACACUGAUUGAUCGAUGCAUGUAAAUAUGUUCAAAGUAAUACACAGCAUAUAUGCUAUCUGUGAGGUAACAUGUAUAGGGAAUGGUCAGAAUUCUUUAUUCAGCAUCAGUUCUGUAACAACAUAUAUUGUAAAAAUAUUUAACAUUAUAUAAUUCACACACGAAAUUUAAGAGCAUCUUGGGGAAGAAAUUUAUGAAACUGAGACCCAGACAUUCUGUCUUUGUUGUCAUAAUAUUAGUUGGUAACUUUUGCCCUCUUAAAACAUAUAGGUCAUGGUACAAAUAUGUUUUACAUUAUAAUCUAUGAAAAUACCAUCACAUUUAUCUUCACAUUUUUUUAAUGAAUAAAAAACAAAGUGUCAUAUAAAAAUGUGUUCCCAUGAUACUCUUACAUUAUUGUAAGAAUUAUAUUUAAAAAUAUCUAAUAAAAUAUAUAUUUUGUCCUGAAAUUGAUACUCAAUAAAGAAUUCUGUCAAAACCUUAGUUUAUACUAAAAGAUCAAUGCAUCAUCUCUUAGAUAGGUAUUUAUUAUUGUAAACAUCUUUGCACUUGUGUUUUAUUUGUCUUGCCUCGUGCACUAAGGUGUGUCGAGUAAAAAAUGUUUCUAAAUGUA